GCCCCCCUUCUUUUGUUCUCAUGCCUAACUCCAAUUCCUAAGAAUCUCAUUCUCUCUAGCCUUUUUAUCAUCCUUCUAACUUACUCCAUAACUAUUAUAAAAACUUUGUUGUGUAUGUUCAUCUUUUAAAAAAAAUAAAAUAAAGGUGCAAAUAUAUUACUUUAAAACAAUGUCACUUUGUCAAUAUUCCAUUGUCUUUGCUUUGCUUUUUGUAGGAGCAUUUGGUCAUGGAGAUGAGGAACUAUUUCUCCCACUCAAAACACUUCAAAAGAUACAGCACAACCAUAAUGAGCCAACUUGUUCAUCUCAAAAGUCAAGAAGUGAAAAUGGAGCAGUAAUGCUGGAAAUGAAGCACAAAGAUUACUGCUUUAGAUCAAGAGGUGACUUGAGCAAAAGGCUUCAGAAAAGGUUGCUAGCUGAUGAUAUUCGAGUUCUUUCGAUACAAUCACAUAUCAAGAAUGUCAGUUCUAAAAAAGUUGAGGCUUUAUCACAGACCACUACUCAAAUUCCUAUCAAUUCAGGUGUCUCAAUGCAGACUCUAAAUUACAUUGUCACUGCGACGUUAGGUGGUCGAAAUAUGACAGUGAUUGUGGACACAGGAAGUGAUCUAACUUGGGUUCAAUGUCAACCUUGUAGAUUGUGUUACAAUCAACCAGAACCCCUUUUCAACCCCUCUAUUUCUCCUUCUUUUCAAUCAGUUGCAUGCAAUUCAUCAGCCUGUCAAUCUCUUGAAUCUGCAACCGGAAAUUCAGGAUUGUGCGGGACUAAUUCACAAACGUGUAGUUACCUUGUAAGUUAUGGAGAUGGAUCCUAUACUAAAGGUGAGCUUGGACAGGAUCAUUUGGUUCUUGGAAGCAGUUCAGUUGACAAUUUUGUUUUCGGAUGUGGGAGGAAUAAUAGAGGCCUGUUUGGUUUAGCUUCAGGUCUUAUGGGACUUGGAAGGAGUGAUCUUUCUUUAAUAUCUCAAAGUUCUGGUGUGUUUGGAGGUGUUUUCUCCUAUUGUUUGCCUUCAACUGAGGCAGAGUCCUCUGGUUCACUAGUAUUUGGGGGCGAUACUUCGGUUUUCAAGAACUCUACACCAAUCUCUUACACUAACAUGGUUCCAAAUCCACAGCUUUUUAGCUUCUAUUUCCUCAAUCUAACAGGGAUGACUGUUGGUGGGGUUGCUGUUCAGGAUUCAAGUUUUGGCAGAAGUGGAUUUCUCAUUGAUUCGGGCACGGUUAUCACAAGGCUCCCUCCUUCCAUUUACAAAGCUGUUAAGGCUGAGUUCUUGAAACAGUUCUCAGCCUACCCUUCAAUAUCAGGUUAUUCAAUUCUUGACACUUGCUUUGAUCUCUCUGCAUAUGAAGAGGUGAACAUUCCCACCAUAAAAAUAUAUUUUGAGGGUGGUGCUGAGAUGGAAGUUGAUGUUGCUGGGGUUUUCUAUUUUGUGAAGAGUGAUGCAUCUCAGGUCUGUUUGGCUCUGGCAAGCCUCCAAUAUGAAGAUGAGAUUGGAAUUAUUGGAAAUUUUCAGCAGAGAAACACAAGGGUCAUAUAUGAUACAAAGCAGUCACAAGUUGGAUUUGCAAAAGAAACCUGCAGUUUCAUGUAGAUGACAGAAAAAAAAAAUUUAGGCCAAUAACGACUCGUUGGCGAUGUUGUCUUUAUAUAUUUUGCUUAACAUAGAUAACUAUUUGAGCUUUAUCUAUGUAGGAAGAUACAGAUAUUAUGGGUGACAGUUAAUGCUAAGACUGUUUAAUUAAGUGUAAAAUAUCCCAUAAACUUCUCUUCAUGAUGUAACACUUCAAUCAUUUUAUAAUCUGUGAAAACAGUAUAUUGACUACAAGAUUGUUUCAUGGAACUACUA